AUGGACCACACCUUUCAUCUCCACCACCACCAGGGCAAGUUGACGGUGAUAUUGGUGGUGAGUCUCAGUCUUGAUGUCAGCGUGUUUUUUCUGACAGUGCCUUCUGAAGACGCCCGCCAUUCAUCUGUACCACCAGCUCAUGAAGUAGACGCCGAAUUCCAUGGCACGGGCAAGAACUUGUUCUGCAACUAUCACACUGGUUUGAAUGCUCAACCAUGUGAUGCAAAUGGCCAUUUUUUACCGCCUAGUACUCCACCACUGCCUCUCACAGAACAGUUACCUGAUGACUGGUCACCGUUCCGCAACUGUACUGAAUUUGAGACGGCCGAAUUCUUGUACAGCCGCGCACAAAUGUCUGCGCCAAAUAUCAACACUCUCCUUGAUCUCUGGGCUGCGUCACUCCUCAAACAUGGCGAUAUGCCGCCUUUUGCGGAUCAUAAGGACCUCUACAAGACAAUUGACAACAUCCCCAUUGGUGGCGUCAACUGGCAGUCCUUCAAAAUUCAGUAUUCCGGAGAGAAACCUGAUAUACUGUCACGAAUUCCAAAUACAAAUCAUUACUCUUUCUUGAACACUCAUGUGCCUUCAUGGAUGAGUCAACAAUUCGAUGUUUGGUAUCGCAACCCUCGUGAAGUUGCACGCAACAUCCUCGCUAACCCUGACUAUGUAAAUGACUUCGAUUAUCGCCCUUUCCAUGAAUAUUCAGUCAGUAAAGAAGAACACCAUUACCAAGACUUCAUGUCGGGUGACUGGGCCUGGAAGCAAGUGGAUAUCCUCGCUACUGACCCUGACACGCUCGGUGCGACAUUUGUACCCAUAAUACUCGGAAGCGACAAAACAAUGGUAUCUGUUGGCACCGGAAACAACGAGUAUUAUCCGUUGUACCUGUCUAUUGGCAAUGUACACAACAAUGUCCGUCGAGCGCAUCGAGAUGCGCUCUGUCUUGUUGGCUUUCUUGCCAUUCCAAAGACUACCAAUGAGCAUAAGGAAACCGAAGAAUUCUGUGACUUCCGACGCCAAAUCUUUCAUUCCUCACUUGCGAAGAUACUCGAGACUUUCAAGAAACCUAUGUCAAAGCCCGAGGUCGCGCGUUUUGGCGAUGGACAUUAUCGACGUGUCCUUUAUGGGCUAGGACCAUAUAUUGCAGACUAUGAAGAGCAGGUUCUGCUCACAUCUAUUGUGAGGAAUUGGUGUCCAAGAUGUCUCGCUCCCCGUGGAAAACUGGACGACGAUGAAGCACUAUGCCGAUGCGAGGCACACAGAGAGGCUCUCUUCAAGGAAGACACGUCUGAUGUCCUGCGGCGUGAUUUUGGUAUUGUGGGGUCUAUUGUGCCUUUUACUAACGACUUUCCUCGUGCCGACAUUCAUCAACUGAUUGCACCGGAUAUCCUUCACCAAAUCAUCAAAGGCUGCUUCAAGGACCAUCUUGUGACAUGGGUGGAGAAGUACCUCCAUCAUGUUCACGGUAAAAGGGAGGCUGAACGUCGAAUGGAUGACAUCAACCGACGACUUGCUGCCGCUACUCCCUUCACUGGUUUGCGACGUUUUCCACAGGGUCGUGGAUUCAAACAAUGGACCGGGGAUGACUCUAAGGCACUCAUGAAGAUAUAUCUACCUGCGAUAGAAGGCCACGUACCGACAGACGUCAUCCGCACGUUUCGCGCGUUUUUGGAGUUCUGCUAUCUUGUUCGAAGGAACGUCAUCAUGGAGGACACGAUCUCACAAAUAGAAGAUGCACUACGUCGCUUUCACCACUAUUGCUCAAUAUUUCUUUGGUUAGGCGUUGUCCCUACAUUCUCGCUCCCUCGUCAGCACUCGAUGAAGCACUAUCCCGACCUUAUCUGUCUAUUCGGAGCGCCAAAUGGUCUAUGUUCGUCGAUGAUGGAAAAUAAGCAUAUUAAAGCUGUGAAGCAACCGUGGCGUUGGUCAAACAGAUAUAAUGCGCUUGGACAGAUGCUUGUGACAAAUCAGCGACUCGACAAAAUCGCUGCUUUGCGUGUAGACUUCGCAAAAUGUGGUAUGCUCAAUGGUACAUGUCUUAGUGAUGCCUCAGCAGCGCUCGCUAUUGAGCUUUCUAUUCCGAAUGUGCAAGAUCUUAUUGGUCGCUUUCUCUUCGAACAACUUCACCCUCGUGACCCUCGUGACCAUGCCACCAUCCCACUGCACAGUUUCCCCAUCUAUGAUGGGAAAAUCUCUGUGGUUAAUUCCGCAUCAUCAAGAUUCUAUGCGCCGAGUGACUUAAGUGGGAUCGGAGGGAUGCGAAGGGAACAUAUACGAUCCUGCCCUAACUGGAGGAAUGCGCACACUCGCUAUGACUGCAUGUUCAUAAAUGCGCAACCGGACCUUGAAGGAAUGCGAGGGCUUCAAAUAGCACACGCACUAUGCUUCUUCUCCUUCAAGUACAAGUUCGUCUUGUACAAGUGUGCCAUCGUUCAUUGGUUUGAUGUCAUAGGUGACACCCCUGAUGAAGACACAGGCAUGUGGGUAGUUCAGCCGUCCUUUGAUGGUCACUCUCUAAAUAUUUUGGUGAUACACAUUGACACAAUCUAUCACGCAGCUCAUCUCCUUCCCCAUUAUGGUGUUGAUUUCAUCCCUCGUGCUAUCAACUUUUCAAACUCUUUAGAUAAAUUCCGCGCUUUCUAUGUCAACAAAUUCACCGACCAUCAUGCAUUUGAAAUCGCAUUUUAA